AUGGUGUUGGCGUUGAGCCAGUUGGGUCAACAAGUGUGUAAGGCAGAGGUGUAUAUAGUGCUAGCGUUGAGCCAGUUGGGCCAACGUGAAUUUAAAGCUCUCRCCGACCGUCUUCUACCUCUCGAUCUCUCUCUCAAGCUCUCGCCUACCGUCUUGUACCUCUCCAUCGCUCGAUUUAAGGGGCAUCCCAAGGCAAGAACAUUAAAGACUGCACCAUUGGUAUACCCUGAUUUAUGUAUAGCUUUGUUUGAGGGGACUUCUGCUACCGGAUCUCGUGCUUAUGCCCCUAGUUCAACCCGUGAGAGGACUACAAUUUCAUCUUCAUCAUUUACAUCCAAUAUCCCUACUACUCAAGAAACUGAAAAUGAGGUGGAUGGAGAUGAGGAGGAAGGACCAACCGUCAAUAUUGCGAGCACAAUUCCAUUUAGACCGAAGAAGAAGAGUAAAACCAAGGUCGACAUGGAUGAAUUGGCUCUAGAAAUGAGGGGUGCACUUCAAACACUUGUUACACAACAAGCCACACUUGUUGAACAACAAACUGCACUUGUUGCACAACAAGCCUCAAACCUAAAUGCUUGUCUUGAACAGUUGGACACUCUUUGCCUUGAUAAAAGGAGUCCUCUUUAUGGUGCAGCCAUUGACAUUUUUGGGCAGUCAACAUUAUUAAGAGAGACAUGGUUGUCGAUUCCUUUAGACGCUGAUAUAUUAACAUCAUGGAUUUCAAGGACGGCUAGACGAAUGGGGCUUAUGGAUUAGUUUUAGGAAUUUGAACAAGUUACUUYUUUAUGUGAUUUGUAUUUGAACAUGUUAUUUGCUUAUGUGUUUGAUAUUUGACAAUUUGGUUACAUGUUUUGGAUGUUGAACUAGUUGUUAUUUGGUAAUGCAUUUGAUAU